AUGCCUCUAAAGUAAAGGGACCAUUUUGCAUUGACAUACACUUUACAAAUUUCUUAAUGAGAACAUCGUACAAAUCAAACUAAAAGUAACUUGAGAACUAGUUCGUUGUGCUCAAUUUGUUUUCUCAUAUUUUUUUCCACGCAGUAAGAAAAGGCUGAGAACGCGAACUGUUAUAAACAUAAAUAUUUCUGACCAUGGUAAGAUAGCUAUUGAGAACACCCGCUUAAAAUCAAUGAUGAGACCACCCUGACAGCAUUCUACUCGCCCAUGGCUAACCCGGUCGCGAGCUAGUGCUGCGAUUGACUUGAUUUUUUAGCAAUCCUAGCGGACACUCUCCACACGGGACAGUAGGUUGACGCGCAUUCUCGGGCGAGCUGAGGGCGUUGUAGCCCGAGAUGACUCAAGUCGCCAGACAGGGGCCUAAAUUCCGGACAAAGUGCGUGCGUACGCGCAAAGGGACCCCCAGGUGUGACGUGGAAAAUGCACUCGGGUGAGCAUCAAGGAGGGGGUGUAGCAGAAAAGCUACUUUCCUCGCACAGAUCGAGCAUUCUCGAUCAGUCAGGUUACCAGCUCUGCACUAGCGUGCAAGUCAAACGGGCUAGCAAAUGUCUAGCCCUGGGCGACUAAAUGCUCUCAGGGCAAUGAGUAGAUUAUCAAAAGAAGUUCUGGCGAAUUGGUAAAUUAAAAUACUUUGAACACGUGUGCUACGAAAUAAGCAGUAGCUUGUUGUACAUUUAAUAAUGUUUGUGACAUACACCUUUCCUGAUCGGAUGUAAGAAGUGAGAUGGCCUACCCGGCGAGCAACCAAUAUUUAUAUGCUUAUAGUGAUAAGAUUAGGUUUGCUCUCAUCGAUGGCGAUUGGAAACCUGGUUAGAUAUGCACUUUAGCGCGAAUGCAUAUAACUGGAUGACAACAAACAACUUACCCAUAUUUCUUUGUAGAACGUCCCACGAAAGUCAGUUUUACUCUGCUCACUGGCAACUAAUAACUGCGUGCUUAUGCUGUCCCUGUUAGGUCCUUCGGAAAAAUAUGUUACGGUGUCGGAGCCAUAUAUGCGGCCUGAGAAUAUUCUACCUACAUAACUGGCAACCUCCUUUCCUUCGUUGUUACUUUCAGAUGCCUAUGCACAGCGUCUGAGUGUACACUGUAGGCCUAAACCAAGUUGAAAAUCAUUUGGUGGACACCUUUCGAUAGCGAACUGCAAACGAGAUAUAAGCACCACGUAAAGUAGUAGAACGUAGUCCAUUCACCUAGCAACACGCUUCACCCGACUACAGUGCACAUUAUAUCGUAAGUUUCGGUACAGACACUUUCGUUGUCAGCAUGAGGUUUAGUUCAUUCCAAGGAACUAAAAAGACCUCUGUUUGCAACUUUCUUGUGUGCUGUUAAAAACCCGGCAAAAGUAGUAGAAUGUUUUGUUGAUUACUCGUAAGUAAUUGGCAACAUUCCCUCCAUUGUUACUUGUAAAUGAUAAUCUACAGCGUCUGAGUGUACACUGUAGGCGUAAACCAAGUUGGGAAUCAUCUUAGUCGAUACGUUUUUAUAGCACGUACGUUUUGAUCAGAACUUAUUGAGAUCUCCACUGACUGCUACACUUAGAUUUUUCUGGAAACGAAGACCUGUCAUCGCUAUCACAUGUUGUGACUAAGAGGUCGAAUCCAGGUGUAUCCGGGUAUCCGUGGUCGUUGGAAGGCAAGAAAACGACCAUCAUACCUCAUUACUUAAAUGGCCUUAAUUUUCCUGGCAGGAUGAUAUGGUAGGAUGCGAGGCAGACAAAUCCGCCUUCCUUCUCUUUUAUAUGGCUCAAUAUUUCCGGGAAAACUACUCUGCCACAGUUCUGGAAGGUAGACAAAUAUUGCGUGGAUGCCUAGUUUCUAAGCGAGGACUUUAUCGGUCUUAUCAAGUGCUAUUGACCUAGAGGACGAUAAGACAGAUGGUUCAAGCAAGAUGUUAAACGCUGUCACGGCUGUUUGGAAUUCUUGCCUAACUUUAUCUAACGCAAAACAUUGUUUUGGUCAUACCUAUCCUCAGAAAUCAAGCUUUGACAGACCCGGUAAUGAUGAACGCAUAUAUAGAGAACGUGUUGUUACUCGAAAGGCGUUUAUAGAGAAAUAAACUGCGCACGCACCCAGCUCGUCGUGGGAUGUUAAGGCGCACGUUUGACUACAUUCAGGACCACACAGGUUAUCUCCGAAACGGGCCACACAGACCAUCCCGUUUAAGGAUGUUCCACACCAGUCUAGUAGUAGGCUUGAAUACCGACUACUGGCAGUUAGGACGGCCCUAUUAUCGCUCAAGUAGGCGAUGGGAUUGCAGUGGGGCCUCAUCGAAUCUAGUCUGGGCGGAAGAAAGGCUUGUCUAUUUUCUGGUUGUCUCGGCCAAUUGUCGUAGAAAUAAUGUAUGGAAUUACGAUACGCCAACACGAUCCAAUUUGCCUAAGACAAUUAAACACUUCACUCCUCUUAUGGGAAAGGCAAUGAAAAGUCGGCAAACUGUCAGCGGCUGUUUUAGGCUUAUCGAGCGUCCCCUUCGGCUGGCUAUACCCGUGACAAACAUCAACUCAAUCGAAAGACGUCUAAGGGCGCAUCCUUCGAAUACCGUCAAAACAUAUUGGAUCGACCAGUAAAUCAAAAAGUCAUGAUGUCUUAUGCAACGCAGCGGACGCGUAGUGACGUAGGUUAUGAAGGAACGGCUUUCUGCUGCCACACUCAAGAAUAUGACUCAUGUAAGCGAGGUCAUCCACGACACCCAUUUCACUAAUUUGCCUUAUAGCAUUACAUAGAAAGCUAUAAAAUAUACGACAAUAAAUAUAAUAACUGUCGGUACUCGCGUUAGAUUGUCAAUACCGACCGUGAACUGGCGAAGUUCAUCUUACUGGUUCGUCUUGAGAAGAUAGGUUCCAAUGAAACGUUGAUACAGGUUAUUCUUCUUUGUUUGCGUGAACCCUAUGGUUGCUUGUAAACAUGUCAAAAUUGAUUAUGUUUGCAAACGACUAACUCGUCCAAAAGAAGUCUGGUAAGUGAUGGCGUAGGCGGUGAAGAGGUUUCUGCCUGACGAGAAACGUAAAGAGCACGCGAGCUUCCGUACAAGCCCCGAGCACGAAUAUGAGCAAAUGCACUCCCUCGUGAGUGCAUUAAAAUUCGGAGUGCCAAAACCUUUUCACUCUUCGGGCCACUGGAUAUCACCAGGUGCAUGGGGUUCAAAAUAUACUUAUUAACAGAGGAGAAAAAUUUUAACGAUAACGGCCAUCGUUUCGUCUAAAUAAAAUGAGUCAGUUUCGAGUAAUAAGACGAGUCUAACUCAAAAGCCGGCAGUUACAUACUCCCAACUAUGUCAGAGGAUUGACGUCACGCAGGAAACGAAGGCAAGGAUGUCACCCUUCGGGUUCGAUCUGAUCCUAACCACGAAUUCGAAUUCCCUGGUUUCUGCGGAAAACAAGGCAAAGCAGGUGAGUAGUCUACAUUAAUUACCAUAAACACGAACCCACUUCAAAAAGCAGUGAGAAAAGUAGUACAACCCGAGAACUUUGGGGCGCAAUUUAAUAUACACACUCAAGCCCCACUUCAAUACUUACAAUGAGGUUCACGACCAUCUGGGCACAUAUUCCUUCCUAACUAAAUGCCUGCCUUUUUUCACAGCACAGUCAAGGCCUGCCUGAGUAAGGAGCUCGGCAGAGAACACAACGAAUUGAAGAAAUGCAUAGAACCUGCGGAUUUGGUGCCAGCGGGCGCAAGUACGCAGGACCACUACGAGAAAGCAUCCAAUCUACCAGAGCGUUUUAAUCACCCAGGUAUAAACUACUAAAGUUAGUUCAACCGUGUUAAUCCACAGAAAUACUAAAUGCCUACGGAAGCAAACCUGAUAAUCCAAUGUAUCAGACAACCAACUCUGAAUACGGCAAAUUUAAACCAACCAUACACACAAUGUGCACCGAGUACCACCAAAGAAAUUCCGCCUUCAGUAAGGUAAGGCGGGAAAGUCUAAUUACAUUCGAUUACUUUUUAGAGAUACUGGGGCACUGGAAAUUACAGAAACCACUCUCUCAACACGGCGAAAGAUCCCUCAAUUAUUUGA